AAUGGUUGUAAUGUUUACUUCAAUUAUUACUGUAUACAUAGUCUCCAAUAAUCCAGUGCGAUAUCGUAAUGCUUUACUGAAACUCUUUGGGUUGGGCAUCCAAUAUUUAACAGCCAAAGAUUUUGAUUUCACCUUCUUUGUCGCGUAUUGUGAGGCUGACAUUCCCUUCGUCUAUCGGAAAGUACGACCAGAGCUGGAACUGUGUAAUCAGCCUGUGCGUCUGUUCUUGAAGGAUCGGGAUGUUCUUCCAGGUGUUCCUAUCGCCGACGGUAUUAUUUGCGGUAUCACGUACAGCUGGAAGUCUGUUCUGGUGAUUUCAGAUGACUUCCUUCAAGAUUGUUCUCAGUGGUCACAAUUUACCAUUGAUGCAGCACUUUACUCGGUAACGGAUCUGAUUCCUAACCGGAUCAUUGUGCUACUUGUGGGCCCCGUACAGGUGGAGGACCUGCCUGAGCGUCUGCUGACUGUUGUAGAGGAGAAGUGCAUAUUGCGUGUAGAGGAUUACCAGGACAACGGAGACGGGACUCUGUGGAAGGAUCUCAGAAAAACUGCUGGAAUCUAACGUGUUGAAAGUUAUUAAUAAGACGUUGAUGGUAACAAUAGCCAUAAUCUUGUGAUAUGAUCUAAAACAUUCAGAAAAAGGAUAUGAAAGCUAUAUUAGGACGAUAAAAUGCUUCAUCCCAGAGAUAUAACAUUUCAGUAGUUCAGCCAUAAUUUAAGAUUGUUGUCAUGCUUAUUUAUUUAUCUGAAUUUGUAACAACAGUUCAUAGCAGCACG